CUAUUAAGGAAGCGGAGACUCUUCAUCACGUCAUUCGGUGUUCAGGCGUUCGGCAGGAAACGGUCUUUCCUCCCGGAUAGUUGCGCUCUUUUCCGCUUGCUCAAUGCGCCUCUCCGUCCAGAACCCGCGGAAGCCAGCCAGAAGGAAAAAUGCCUCCUUCUACAGCGGAAAGAUCCUCUCUCGGGCUCUUAGCGGUGGUUUUCGCCGUGUUUUUAGCGGCUCUCCAAACGCGCGCGCUCAAGAUUCAACAGGAGUUCGCGUCUCCCAACCGCACCAAUAACUUCGUGGUGGACGCGGUGUCCCGACGCGUUUACCUGGCCGCGGUCAACAGCCUGUACCAGCUGAACGCGACGCUCGGACGGGAGGUGGAGAUGCGCACGGGACCAGUGCGCGACAACCCGCUGUGCCACGCGCCGCAGCUGCCGCAGGCGACGUGCGAGCACGAGAAGACGCUCACCGACAACCACAACAAGCUCCUCGCGCUGGACCGCGAGCAGGGCGUUCUGCUGGCCUGCGGGUCCGUGUACCAGGGCUUCUGCGAGCUGCGCAGCAUGGACGACGUGUCCCGGGUGGCCGUCAAGUUCCCGCAGGACGGGGCCACCGUGUUCCCGAGCAUGCUCAACAUCGUCGCCAACCACGAGAACGCGAGCACCGUCGGGCUCGUGUUCCGGAGCCACGGCGGCGCGCCGCGGCUUCUGGUCGGAGCGACGUACACGGGCAUGGGGACCGAGUUCUUCCCCAAGAACCACAGCAAAGAGGACCUGCGCUUCGAGAACACGCCCGAGAUCGCCAUCCGCUCGCUCAACACCAAAGACCUCAGCCGGCUCUUCACCUACGACAUCAACCCGUCCGAAGACAACGUGUUCAAAAUCAAGCAAGAAGUCAAGCAGAAGAACAAGCUCAACUUCGUGCACGCGUUCGUGCUCAAGAACUACUCGUACAUCGCCAUCAACAACGACGCCAAUACGGGUCUGAAGGAGAGCCAACCCAACAGCAUCCUGGCGCGCAUCUGCCUGGACGCUUCCCGCAGGUCCGCGGAGAGCCGCAAACUCACCGAGUCCUACAUCCAGAUGGGAAUUCAGUGCGGAUCUAACGGGAACAUCUACAACCGCCUGCUGUCCAUCUAUCCCGUGGAGGUCAGCGCGCAGAGCGCCGCGGCCCCGGAGCCCUAUCUGUUCGGGGUGUUCGGCAGGGCGGGCGGGCAGUCGGCCGUGUGCGCGUUCCGCGUGGAGGAUGUGGAGGAGAUGAUCCGCCAGGGCCGCCGCAACUGCUCGACCGGCCCCAACAGCGACGUGCAGGUGCUGGACAGCGUCAUCCAGGGCUCCGGGGCCGAGUGCGAGGCCAAGGGGAACAUCGUGCUCCAGCAGGAGCAGCUGAAUUGUGGGGCGGCUCACCUCCAGCACCCGCUGGCUCUGAGGAGGCCCCUGAGGGCCCGACCCAUCUAUGAGGCCUCGGGGCUCAGAUCUAUCGCUGUAGCCAACGUCCACAACCGCACCGUGCUGUUCCUGGGGACGAGCAAGGGCUGGCUACGCAAGCUGUCUCUGCUGGCGAACCUGUCUGUGGCCAAACUGUGGUCACUCAAACUCCAUGCUAAUGAACCGGUUCACCACAUCAUGACCUUCGACCCCAGCGACAACAACUACCUGUAUCUCAUGACCACACACCAUCUCCUGCAUGUCGGUGUGGCGGCGUGUGGUCAGUACAACUCCUGCAGCGAGUGUUUGAGCGCCACUGAUGCCUACUGCGGCUGGUGUACACUAGAGAAAAGGUGUUCGAUUCAGAAGGACUGCUCCAGUGGGAAUCUGAGCCGCUCGUGGAUCAGCAGUGUUGAUGGCGUCCAGCAGUGUCCCUCCAUGACCGUCACCCCCUCCGAGAUCAGCCGCUCCGCACACAUGACGAACGUGGGGAUCCUGAUCCACGGCAGCGUUCCGGAUCUGCAGGGUCUGCGGGUGGAGUGUGAUUUCGGGGUGGGAAUCGCCACAAACGCCACCGUGCAUCUGGACUACGGCACGACUCAGAUCCAGACGUGUCCUCUGCCUCCGCCUCACAUGUAUCCCACAAUCCCCUCUGGCAGAGAUCACAUCACUGUCCCCGUGGCGAUCAAGGUUAAUGGUGUUCCUGUGGUUUCUGGAGGUUUCAUCAUUUAUGAGUGUGAACGAAUGGGAGCGAUCAACUUCACAAAUGCGUGAGUAAACACACACACGCUCACACACACUUGUAUA